CGAUUCACUCCUUCUACAACUUCCUUUGCUUCCACCCUUAUGUUGACAACGACACCACUUCACUCGGCCCUUUCCUAUUCUCAAUUCGUGUCGAAUCAGUGUCGCUAUUAUGGCGCCCCCCAGCGGCAAGCGGAAGCGACCUGAACGCCAGCAUUCCGACGACGCUUCACGAGCUUCGCCCUACCGACCUGAGAACUCGCGGAUGGCAUCGCAACGGGCAUCAAAGGCCGGCGCCGUAGCUGAACCCACCACUGAUGAAGCAAGAUCGUCGGCGAAUACACCCCUGAAUGGCAACGGAGGCGAUGCAUCACACCUAGAAACGCCAGCUGAGAAUGGAGAUGUACCAGUAUCGGGGUCCACGCCAACCAACAAUGGAGAGGCGGCCAUAGAAGAUGUGCCUAGCGACCAGAGGACGCCAUACCAAUAUUCGUACCUGGUGGACGAAGUUGUGGCAGUAUGGACGGACACGGGCGGUCAGUCCAUACUCGACACGGCCGCAACGCUAGAUGAAAUGCAACUCAGCGACCUUGUCCAGGAGCUCAUACGGUCGGCCCUGGACGGAAGGUUGACCGGACAGCAAGCUGGUCAUACUGUCCGCGCGCUGAUUGCCGCGAAGCAUGAAAGCGAUGGCGUUGAUGUCGAAUUUCUUUUUCUGAACAAUCUCUCAUUUCUCUUCGAGUCCGGUCACAAAGACCAGGUCCUCAAGGGUCUUGUGGCUGCCACUGGAAUUGACCAAGAGACCAUGCGACUGGAACUCGAUAUACCGUUGCUGCAGGAACUUUCUCUCGUGCGCAGCACGUUCGAGAAGAUGCGAACUCGGAAGACGACUAAUGCUCUGUAUCGGCAAGCUAACUUCAAUCUAUUGCGAGAAGAAAGCGAGGGAUAUGCCAAACUGAUCACGGAGUACUUCAACACAGCGCAGCAAGCCUUCGAGAAGCGCAAUGGCGAUGACCCCUUCAUCGCCGAAGAUGCUUUUCAGCGCGUCAAAGCCCUGGUCGGAGCCUUUGAUCUCGAUGUUGGCCGUGUCCUGGAUAUUACCCUCGAUGUCAGUGCUGAUCUCCUGGUCAAAGCAUAUCCUUUCUUUAUGAAGUUCUACCGCGCGAGCUCAUGGUGGCCGAGCGACGAAUCGCUUGACAAUCUGAAAUGGGAAGAUCAAGGCUUCGGCACACUGCCUGCCUGGUGCCUACCCGGAUCUGGAAGGUCUGCAUUCACCACCGAAGAGCGCGAGCAGUUGACUGCUCUGAGACGGACUCGUGACGUGCGAUUCUGGCAACAAGUGCGAGAGGUCGGUACGAAAGCCUUCUUUGAGCUAGGUGCACGCAAAAUUGUGGACUUUGACUCUGCACUGCCGUUGCUGGAGCAAGAAGCGCAGCCAGAGCUCGAUUCUCGUGGCAAGGAGACUAACCAGCACAAACGGCAACGUGUGAAUGAAGAUCGAAAGUACAUGCGAGAGACUCGUCACCUCCCACCCCCUGGAAACUACGACGCUGCUCAGCUCUUGGGCUUCAAGCUACGCUUCUAUGCUUCCGAUGCACGUGAUCCGCAAGAUACACUGCCCGACAACCUCAUCUACCUCACGGCACUACUCAUCAAGAUUGGUUUUGUGUCUUUGCGAGACUUGUACCCGCACCUCCAUCCAUCGGACCAGGACAUGCCAGCAGAGAGGAAGCGGCUCGAAAAGGAGAAGGCGGAGAAAGAUGCCAAGGACCGCCCUGGUGGAGGGAUGAACGCACUCCUGAUGGCGGGUGCGCUGCCCGAUGAUACCCCUGUGUCACGGAAUACACGUCUUGACAAAAGCAAGAACGGCGGCACUACACCAGCUCCAGACAAGAAAGACGAUGCCAAGCCAGAGUUACCACCUCCCACAAAUCAGAAGCUCUAUCUGCUCAAAGCCCUUCUGCUCAUUGGAGCUCUUCCCGAAGCUCUGUACAUCCUCGGUCGCUUUCCGUGGUUAGCAGAAGUGGACACUGAACUUCCUGCAUUCUUCUUCCGCAUUCUCCGACACAUGUUGAGCAACAUGACGGAGUCUGUGAAGCCUCUUCACGGGCUGUCAGACAUGCGCAGAACAAAUGAUCGUCUCAGCAACACCACCGUACAGCCCAACGGACAGCUACCGGUCAGCUCAUGGUCGGCGAAGAAGCCGAUUCGUUGGUUGCACAAUGAUUGUUUCAGCAAAUCGGGUGAUGAGUACAGACACUAUUACAGCGACUGGAGUGACAAUAUCCCUCUGUGUCAAAGUUCUGACGACGUAUAUCUUCUAUGCGACACUUUCAUCGGCUUCCUAGGUCCCAAGAUCGGGCAAGACCCCGAGAUCUAUGGAACCCUUUUGCGUCUUGCUGAGCAGAGUCUCGUUGGUGACGCUUCGCCCGCCAAUCGAACGCGCUGGCUCACAAUCCUGCGACGUCUGCUUAUUCCUGCAUUGAGCUGUGGCAAGCAUAACCCCCAACUCAGUCAACAAGUCUUCGAUUUGCUCAAGCUCUACCCUUUGAGCACUCGCUACAAUGUCUAUGCAGAGUGGUUCUCGGGCUCUACUUCCCGGCAGGCCGAUGUCCGUGAUGCAUUUGCACGUAACAAAGCAGAAGUGCGAGACGUCCUCCGUCGCGUUUCCAACGACACCGUGCGAAAGCAAGGCCGAGCGCUGGGAAAAGUAUCAUUGGCAGCGCCAGGCAUUGUCAUGGUGGAGAUGAUCAGCCAACUCGAGGUGUACGCCAACAUGAUUCCCAGUCUCGUGGAGUGCACACGAUACUUCUCGCCCAUGGCGUAUGAGGUGCUCACAUGGGCCCUGAUCAAUUCGCUCAGUGGGAACGAUCGCAACCGCAUGCAGGGUGAUGGCAUGCUGACCAGUCCGUGGCUUCAGGCAUUGUCACGGUUCGUUGCCAAUCUCUUCUCCAAGUAUACUUACUUGAACCCCACACCGAUCCUGCAAUACCUCGCUUCCAAGCUGAGAUCCGGAGAGACCACCGAUUUGGAGAUGCUCGAGCAAAUUCUGGUCGAGAUGGCUGGGAUCCGCUCGGAUGUGGAGUUCAACGACACUCAGGUGCUGGCAAUGGCCGGUGGUGUCUCGUUGCAGAGUUAUAUCCUGGAGCAAUUGUCCGACAAGAGACACACCAAGGAGAAAGAAAAGCCGGCAAGACGUCUCAUGCAGUGCCUCAGCAAUUCGGGUCUGGUUGGCCAGCUGCUCAUCGCUAUCGCGCAAGACCGCAAGCUCUACGCACAUGGCGAAGAGCUUCGCUUUGCCCCCUUGAAAGUCGUCGGCAAUAAUCUGGACAAGAUUUCGGCUGUAUUUGCGCAGUACCUUGACGCACUGAAGUGGAAUCUGAAACCACAAGAACUCGAGGCAGCGGUGCCUGAAGUGGGAGUCCUCGUGCACGACUUCGGUCUUGAGCCCAGCGUUGCACUGCUGAUUCAUCGUUUGGCUGUUCGCAGUCGUAUGAAUGAUUAUGAUGCAGCCAAGAAGCAGGAGAACGAGAAAAAGGAAAAGGAAAAGCCGGAAGCUGCCCCAGCAAAUAAGAGCAGCGACACUGUCAUGGAGGAAGCUCCAGUCAAGCCUGCGGAUGAUGCUGAAGACAUCGACGCGAAAGCGGCAGACUCGAAGCAUAUGGACAUCGACUCCGCGAAUCCAUUGCAAUCGUCAAGUCCAUGGCAUCCCGUGCUUGAACCCGUGAUCCAACAACUCACAGAUGCGCUACCGGACUUGGCUGCGCGUCUCAGCAUUCCUUUCUAUGUCACUUUCUGGACUCUUACUCACCAAGACGUUCUGGUACCUACCGAUAGCUACCAAAAGGAGACAAAUCGCAUCGAGCAGGAAAUCAAGCAGAUCAAUGCGGACCGAAGUGAUCUCACUAGCAUCGCUACCAAGGAGCGUGAUGCUCGAAAGAGGGCGUUGCAGAAGUGGUAUGACAGCCUGAAGUCUGAGCCCAUGCAACACAUGGCUGCAUACAUGGCAGUGCGCAACCGGAUCACCGUUGAUCCGCAGCAGAUCAAAGCCGCGAUAGAAGCAAAGCACCAAGCUCUCCUACAAGAAUGCUUCCUUCCGCGAGCCAUGCUGUCCGCUAUCGACUCCCAUUAUUCCUUUGAGAUGAUGAAACUCAUGCACCAGAACGGCACGCCUGGAUUCAGCCUGAUGCAUCUUCUCUUCCAACUUUUCAAGAAGAAGCAGUUGUGCUCGCUCAUAUUUGGGUGCACACAGAAUGAAGCGCAGCAUCUCGCGCGAUUCUUGCUGGAGACUCUUAAGCUCCUUCAUCGGUGGCACGCAGACCAAUCAACAUACGAGAAAGAGGCAUUGGGUCUGAAGAAGAAAUUGCCGGGGUUCGUCAAAGUCUUCGAAGCCACCGGCGAGCCCAAGUCUGUCAUGGACUGGCAGACCUUCCGCAGGAUGCUAUUCAACAUUCACGUCGCGCUCAAUGGGGCGCUGCAAGCUUGUUUCGAAUCCGGAGAGUACAUGCACAUCCGGAAUGGCAUCAUGGUUUUGAAGGGUAUCCAUCAAGUAUUCCCGGCCAUCAAGUUUCACGGUAAGAACAUGAUUGACCAGGUCGAAAGAUUGUCGAAAGAAGAACAGCGCAGUGACCUCAAACUUGCUGCGAUGUCGCUUCGCGGACCAAUUCAGAACCGAGAGAAGCAAUGGGUCUUACCGCAAAACUUCAGACUUGGGGAGGGUGCCAAAGAGGGCGCAAAGACUGGCGGUCAAGACUCUUCUGGCAGACCAGAAACUCCUCAACCAGGCGCCGCCAAGCUUAAUGCUUCUGCACCCGAUUUCAAACCUACGCUUCCCAUCGGGCCCCCUAGAAAGGAGUCUGCUGUCGAGGAUGGUGAGAUACGAGACGAAAAAGUGGCUGCGGCGAAGGCAGAGGUCACUGUGUCCCAGAGCAUCAAGGAUGUUGCAUCUGCAGACAGCGCACCCUCGAGCAGGGACACGCCAAAGCUAGCAGACUCGCGUCCAGCACGUCCACUGCCUGACCGAGAUGGUUUGCGGUCUGAGUCGAAGUCAUCGACACCAGCACCAUUCCCAGCCAAGAGCGCUCCUCAUUCGGGUAUGCCGCUACGGCCUGAUUCACGAGAUGCUUCGCACCGAAUGGAAAGCUCACGGCCGCCCCGCGAUCUUCCGAACCGUCCCCAAGAGUCUGCGUACAACCGACCGCUUCCUGGACAGUCUGCUUCACGAAAUAGCGGCCACUAUGGUGACCGGCCAGAUGAUCAUUACGGCAGACUCGAGAGAGGCGGUGAGGUCCGACCUGCCUCGCGGGAUCAGUCGCCAAGUCACCGUAGCGGACGGGGCAGGACGCCGCCGGGUUCCAACCCUCGGGGAACGUACCGUGAUGAGCGACCGUACGAUCGUGGACCAGCUGAUGGUCGUUACGGUCGCGAGGAAUCGCGUGGAUCUCGUCAUGAUGCGCCGACCCAUCAGAACCGGCACGCGCCCGAAUCGCGAGAUCGCCCGCCACUGUCGAGCCGAGCUUCUGAUAGUGGACUGCACCCGGAUCGAAUGGGACACAUCUCUUCCCGACCUCACGUAGAACACGAGCAGCGUCGAGAGCGCAGCCACCUGGACGAUCGCAACGGCCCGCCCCCAUUCCAAGCACGAUCCGACAGUCGCACGAACGGGCGGCUCGCAGAUUCUUCUCGAGACGCGCCCAAUCGAUCGGAGCAACAGCAGGACCUUGCACCGCGAGGUUCUCGAUCGCGGGGGCCUAGACUGCAAGAGAUGCCUCCUCCAUCAGCAGAGUCCACCUAUGGUCGACUGAAUGCGCCAGCCGAGCCACCUACGGGUCCUAAGAAUGGCCCGGGGGGCAAUAGGAGCGGUAGAAACUUCACUGCACCACCACCCGGCACUCCGUCUUUGCCAUCGCCGACCCUUACGAGACAACCUGAGCACUCUACCCCUGUGGCGCCCCGUGGACCAUCUCGACAGGCGAGUGGUCACAUGGAUCGGGUUUCUGCCCCAAAUUCCGCACCUAGCACCCCUGCAACCGAGACCGGGCCAUCCGUCCACCCAAGUAGACUCACCAACGUCGGCCAACCACCGCAGCCUGCACAGAUCCAGACGAACUUUGCCCCGAAUGGUCCACGCAGUGUCAGCGCGGCUUCGCCAAUGACAGCAGCGCCGCCAUCUGCGCCUCGUGGACCAGGCCGCCACGGUACUUCGUCUAGUACACCAACGGGGCCUCCACCUGUGAGCAACGUGCCACCAUCGGGCCCUGCAACAAUAGCAGAGAGGCAGCAGAAGAAUCGUCAACGUGCCAGUAUCAACGCCACUCUGCAAGGCAACGGCAGUCAAGCUAGUCCUCAAGGUGUGCAGUUCAGAGGUGCUUCUUCUAGGCAAUCAAGCAUAUCUAACGCACCACCUAUGGCUCCUCCUGCCGUGCCGGCGUCUACGGUUGAUCUCUUCCAGAACAGAACCGAUUCUGGGAAUGAACGCAGUCACCGACAUCGUGACGAUGGCCGGCAGUCCAGCAGUCGUCACCAAAGCCGAGAGCGAUCUCACAACGAAUCUUUUGGACAUGGACAUGCUCCUCCACCGCCACCUGGUCCUGCGGACGAUGGUCGGUCUCGAAGAGAUCGAUCAGCACGCGAUGACCGACCUCGUGAUAGUGCUCGUGAUGGAUCUCGCGCGAGCGGAGCUAAUCGUAUGGCCCCAUCAGGACCACAAGCUGAAUUUCGAGGUGGCCAGCAUCCUCGACGAGAGGAGGAUCGAAAGGAGUCAAGUGGCAGAGGCAUGCCGCGAGAGGAGCAUGGUCCACCAGGAGGUCCAGAUGGCAGGAAGCGAAGACACGAGGAGGCGCAGCAAGGCUUUGAUCCUACCAAGAGACGACGCAGUGGACGACCAUAG